GAUGCCUACUGAACACAUACUCACACUCACAGAGACAAACAGGAGACAUCAAUAGGUGCUCAGACAUCCAGCCAUGAAGGUCCUUGUGGUUCUUGCUAUUGCUGUUUUUACUGGUUGCCAUGCCAAGUCUAUGUGGCAGGACCAGGCCAAGCCCAGUAUGGAUAUGGUGAAAGAUGCUUUCUGGGACUAUGUUUCAAAGGCAACUCUAACAACUGAUGACAUCCUGCAGAAGAUCAGAGAGUCUGAGAUGGGACAGGAAGUCAAUGCACGGAUCUCCGAGAGCGCAGAUGCUGUUAGUCAGUAUGCUUUGGCUGUUCGUGGUCAGUUGACUCCUCUGACUCAGGACCUGCUAACCAAGAUUUCCCAGGAAGCCGAGCAGCUGAAUGUGCGUCUGCAGCAGGACCUGAGCUCUGUGAAGUCUCAGCUGGAGCCCUACGUCCAGGAGGUUAUGUCAGAGCUCCAGCAGCAGAUGGAGCAGCUGAAGAAGGAUGUGGUCCCUUACACAGAGAUGGACGCCGAGACUCUGAAAGCCACUCUGCUCCAGAAGAGUGAGGAGCUGAAGGCCAAUCUGGAGAAGAACAUGAAGGACCUGCAGGCCCAGUUGGAGCCCCAGACUGAGGAGCUGAGGCAGAAACUGGAACAGCACCUGCAGGACUUCCAGAAGACCAUGAUCCCACUGGCUGAGAAUUUCCAAGAUCAGCUGGCUUAUAAAGGUCAGCAGAUGCAGAAGUCAUUGGACCCCUAUGCUGAGGACCUGAAGGCCCAGCUGACCGCUCUCUGGGAGUCUUUUGCAAAGAGCAGCCAGUAAUCGGACAUUUUCUCUGCCGAGAUUUGCACAUUUCAAUUAUACAAAGGACUGACCAAUAUCAUGGAAAAGGAAGGCUGGAAUACAAUACCUGAUAGUUUGGCUUUACUAAUAAAGUGUUUCCCUUUAUUUAUUAUUUUUUCUUCAAAAAGAAGCUGAAAUAAAAUAAUGUUCACAACA